CUCCAUAUACAGGACAUAUAUAUAUUAUAUACCACCUCCAUAUCACCAUAUACAGGAUAUACAAUAUAUAUAUAUAUAUAUAUACACCUUCGAUAUCUGUGGUUAUUAUAGAUGUUUAUGCUUCUUUACCUGAACAUUACUUUAUAGGAGUAGAUAGAAGGAUUUGGAAGUCUAUGAGGAUGAUGUAUGUACAGUAUGGCGGUAUAUACAGUAUAGAUCUGACCCUCCAGUCUCCUGUCCUCCUACACGUGACCUAUAAUGACACAUUGUAACGAAGCCUCAGUCUCCACUAUGAUGGUUCAUCAAUACAUAGAACAUCUCUCCAGAAGAUAAUGGAAGAGACAAUGAUGGAAGAUAAUAUCUAAUCCUACCAAGUGUGAUACAUUCUGCUGAGAUACAGAGUCUAAUCCCAUCUUGUACAAUCUCAUCAUUUAAUACCAGGCAGUUCUCCUAAUGACGGUAUAUUCCAGCUGAGCACUAUAUGGCAGGAUACUGGAUAUUGGUGACGGAGCCAAACACUUGGUCAGCGGAGCCGUGCUCGAGGGCAUCCUGAAGAAGUGGGCACAGUACAAGGAAGAAUGUCUGACACAACUGGAACAACAGAGGGCGCUGCUGACUGGAGUUUACUGUAAUGGGACGUUCGAUCAGUUCGCUUGUUGGCCGUUUUCUUACCCAGGAAACGUCUCUGUCCCUUGUCCGUGGUAUCUGCCGAUGAUCCGAGAAGGCAGCACAUCCUACACGCAUAGAUACUGCACCGAGCGCGGGGUCUGGCAGACGGAGGAGAACUCUACAGAUAUCUGGCGGGAGACCACGGAAUGCUCCACCAGUAAUCACUUCAAACAGAACAAUAAGGAGCAUGCGCUACUGCUACUGCUGCGGAUCUGCUACACUGUGGGGUACUCCGUAUCACUCGGGACCCUCGUCCUCGCACUGUGCAUCCUCCUCACAUUCAGGAAGCUUCACUGCACCAGGAAUUACAUCCACAUGAAUCUCUUCGGCUCCUUCAUCCUGAGGGCUCUGGCCAUCCUCAUAAAAGACAUUGUGCAGAGUACCAGCCACCCCCCCAAAGUGGCCACCAAUGCCAACGACUUGAUGUCUGUGCUAACCACACAGGUCACCACCUCUUGCCGCCUCGUCCAUGUCUCCCUGCACUUCUUUGUUGGUGCCAAUUACUUCUGGCUGCUGGUGGAGGGGAUCUACCUGCACACGACCAUCGUCUCCAUGGUGCUGUGUGAGCGGAGGAUGCUGCUGAGAUACAUGGCCAUCGGCUGGGUGUGCCCCCUACUGUUCAUCGUACCCUGGGUGAUUGCGAGGGUUUACCUGGAGAAUGAAGGAUGCUGGGGAAUAAACCAGAACACGGGCAUCUGGUAUAUCAUCAAAGGGCCAAUGCUGCUCUGUAUAUUUAUAAAUUUUGCCAUACAUAUCAAGAUACUGAAUCUUCUGCAUCUGAAGCUGAAGGCGCAACAGCUAAAGUUUACAGACUAUAAAUACAGGUUCGCUAAAGCGACGCUGAUCCUCAUCCCGCUCCUGGGGACCCACGAGGUCCUGUUCACAUUCGUCAGUGAUGAACACAUGAAGGGCCUCACCAAGCACGUCCUGCUCUUCAUCCAGCUGACCAUGAGCUCCUUCCAGGGCUUUGUGGUUGCCUAUUUAUACUGCUUUACUAAUGGGGAGGUGAAAGCCGAGCUCCGUAAACAGUGGAAUCUCUUCCUCCUCAAUUAUUUUCCAUGUAAAAGUUGUUUUUUCUGUAAUAAAGUGAAGUAUAAAACUCAAGGGGCUAAAAAGAUGAGGAGUAAAUUAUUCCUGGACAGAGGGAACUUCCAGAACGGUAAGAAGAACAGCAGUGUGCAGCUUCUACAAGCCACCGUCAACGUCUCUCCGGAGCUGGGCCCCAAGAACAGCGCCCCCCUGCAGUAUUUCACCAGGAGGAGCGUUUCGGAGAGCAGUGAUGGCGGUGUGACAUUGGGGGAAACUAUAGAGGAGACGGUAGAGGAAAGUGAAAUUUAAGAAGUGUUAUUGGAGUAAGGAGACUCUGAGACAUGACUAGAUGCCACCAGAUGGCCAAGGAGAUGGCGGUAACGUUAGUGGAUCUCUGGUGGCUUCAUGGAUUACGUUUAUAUGAAAGUUCUCAACAGUUUACAGAAAUCUCACCAGGAAAAAUAAUUAAAAAAGGAGCAAAAGUAUGGUAGAUGGAGUCAGGAACCGAAAUAUAGAACGAGGAGAAGACAACCAGACAGGAACCCACCACCCCUGGUCUAUAGCCUCCACUAUACCGUUAUUUAUGGACUGCGUGACAUAAUGAAUGUAUUAUAGGAUAUAUAUGACCGUAUCACACUAUUGGGGAGGUCCACUGUCCUGGUGGGCCCUAAUGUGGUCAAGAGGUUCCGUGUAGAUGUCUACAGAAAACCAAGGUCACUUCCAUCUCCAGUCUGUGGCCUCGUGGAAGGCCUCCAACCCCAUAGACGUUCCUUACAAUGUGAUGACCCAUUUAUGAUGACACAAAAUUUAGGAAGAACAGUCAUUGGCCCGUAUCUUAUGCCACCAAAAUUUUAGCCAUUUUAGCGCUUCCUUAUUAAAAAAAAUUUCACUCAAUCUCCAAGGAGACCACUUACUUCCACUUUUCUUCUCAAAAUUUGGAGUUUGAUGCUAGAAAGGUUGAGAAGCCUGGAUCCAUGACGGUGGGUGCCGGCCGUGUCUUACUGCUGACACCUGCUGGCAGGGGAUGGGAUCAAAGAUAACUUUUCUCCCCCUUUAUCCAUUAACAAUAAAAACCUAAACAUAAAUAAUGAAACUAUUUAUUUAAAUAAAACCUUAUUCAUCCCGUAAAAAUAUAUAUAAAUAAAAAACGAAUGUCUCCUUGCCCCUCAAAAACAAAAACAAAACAAAAAACAUGGAUCAAAAUGUGGAACAAAAUAGAUGCCAUCUAGCCAAAAAACAGAACCCACGUCCCCCCCCGCACAGAACGAGCACUCACCGCUCCGGUGACUAAAAAGUCAGAACGGGGCGACGAGCUUUAAUGUGAACAGAGCCUAAAUGUCAUACAAGAGGGACUAUUGAGCCCCGAUGCCCCCAAGUACAUUGGGUGCCACUAUGGUUGGAGAGCAUGUGGACCUCCACAUGUACUCAUUGAAGGUCAGGGUUCCACCACCAGAUGACUACUUAGUGAGGCUGUCCAUCAUCUCUGUGAAGCCGGGCUUAGAGCAUUUGGCCUCCAUCCCGAGGGUUGCUGGUAAAGCUAUGGUUGCUGGAAUCCGUGCUUGAUCUAGAGCAAUUAGUCUCAA